GUUUUUCUUUUGCAGAUUGGUCACACAUGUUUAUAUGCACGCCACACGUGUUUAUAUUUUUAGAGAGAAAAGACGCACAGCUUUAUAGAAUUCAUUUAAUUCAAAAUGUAUCUCAUGUACACAAUUAACGAAAAUGGCGAACGCGUCUAUACGCUGAAAAAACGCACUGAAGAUGGACAUCCCACCUUGUCGGCACACCCAGCGCGUUUCUCGCCCGAGGACAAGUACUCGCGUCAACGCAUCACCAUCAAGAAGCGCUUUGGACUGCUGCUCACCCAGAAGCCCGAGCCCAUCUAUUAAGCUGAGGCAGUAGUUUUAAAUUAGCUUACAUGUGUAUUUACAAAUAAUAAGAUAAUCAAUAACAAUAAUCAAAUGCGUCGCUUCAA